AUGUGGAAUUCGGCUAGCUUUCAGACGGCGAGUAUAGAGAGGCGCCGCAAGAAUGAAAAGGAAAGAAGAGUCCGUAUUUUUAACGAAAAAGUAAGAACUAUCGGGAUCGACAAGCAAGGCCUCGACAAGCAGCUGGAUGAGAAAAAGAGUUUGAAAGAUGCGGAAAAACUGGAACAAGCGACCUACGACGCCCAAAUGCUGCAUAACAGUAAACAAGCCUACCUUCUCCAAAUGAAGGAAGAGAAGGAGAAACACGAUAAGGAGAAGGCCAACUUUCAGGAUCAGUACGAGCAGGCAAUGCGGGAGCGGGAGUUGAAUCGGGAUAACUCCCAAGGAGAAGUGGAAGAGAUGAUGCCUCCGGGUCUGGCGGGCGAGGACCCGGACUAUGACAGCAGGGUGUGUCGGCAGAGAGAGCAGCUCAGGGAGUGGCUGCUCCAGCAACAGGAGGAGCAAGCCUUGGAACAAGAACGACAAAAGAUGGAGAAGUUGGACGAUGACAAGUUCAGGGUACACGUGGACAGCGUGGCCGUGGAGCUGCAAAACGCCGAGACGGAGAGGAGGAAGAACAAAGCCAUCGAGAUGACCAAGUUCAACCAGAGCAUGGCUGAGGAGAGGCAGCGCAAGGAGAGGGAAGUCAAGGACAACCCUCUGCAAGGUCUGCUACCAACCAAGGUAGGCGUGCCCGGGCUUUUCCACGUACGCGACCGGAGGCCAAACCCUGAGAGUUGGCAGCAGAUGAAGAAGUUCUGGAAACUUCAAGUCGAAGAGAAAAUGAUGUCGGAUUUAGAAAAGGUUAACGAGACGCGGCAGCACGAUGACUUCUGCUCCAACGUGGCCCGUGCAGCUCUGAUCCUGGAGAGGCAGCAGGAGCGUCAGAGGAAGCAGCUCCGACAACAGCUGGACCACAGCAACAGCACCGCCGCUGAAUUUGAGAAACGCAACAAACCCGACAUUGAAAAAGGACGCAUCGAUGACACUUUUUUCUCAUAUUUCAACACCUGCAGUCGGUAA